AUGCCAACCAGCCUAGACGCCUCAUGGCUUCAAACACCUGCCACACCGCGACCAGCUCCCACUCCCAAGCCCAAGGACCGCAACGCGCCGGACUACCGCUACCAAGUGAACCAGAAAUGCAUCUACGAGCGCCGUCUGCCGGGCGGGAGCUACAUCACCGCCCACGUCCAGCGCCUGCAAUCAGGCUACUACGACAGUCCCAGCAUCCACGAAGACUGCAUUGACCACGUGCGCUUCGUGGCGAUCAACUUCGUGUUCCACCCGAGCCGGACGACGUUCCGCUUCAAAUCGGCCGAGAUUAGGAUAGCGCUGCGCCAUACGGGAGAGGACGACCUGUCGCCAUCACUGAUAGUUACGGACCUGGUGCCGCUGCCGCUGAGAACAAACAGUCAUAGUCAUGACCAUGCCACGCAGACGGUUGACACCACUCAUGACGCACUUGUGAGAAGUAAAGAUUGUGGUCAUGGCCACGGCUGCAAGCCUUCUCGACCGCGGUUCUUGAGGCAUGCACCCCAUCUGCUCUACGGGUCCAUCAGCCCGGAGACGCUGAACUGGAACUUCAACCUCGCCGGGUCGCUAGGCGUGUCGCAGGGUCCCGCGAGCGCGAGCCUGAAACCCUCCUACGGCGUCAAGUCCAGCUACAAGGUUUACGAAAUGAUGAAGAUCCAAGGGUCUGUCCGGACGCUGCGUGGCGGAAAUGACUACGACAUCGAGGACGGCGAGCUGGUCUGGACGCUCGAGGAGAAUCGGCUGCAGAAGUCGGGAUUGCCGAGGGAAUUUACGUUCGUCAUGCUCCUGACCAAGAGGACGGGGCCCCUCGAGGAGAGCGGCGAUGUGAGGCUGGAAGUCGACGUCCACCCGAAGGUCACGGGCCGGAUGGGCACGACGUACCCUUCUGUGGUCACCAACUUGCAUCAGUACCAGCCGUUCAAGGGUGGGACUUUGGACCUCGACGAGGAGAUCGGCCAGGUGUUUGAACCGCACGUCAGGGGCAAGGGGUUCAAUUUCGCGGACAUUGCGAGCAGUUUUGACGAUUUCGUCUGGCUUCCCGGAAAUGCGUACUCGACGUCGGAGCCGGAGUAUUCGGCUGCGAGCGGGGGUGGUCAACAACAACAACAACAGCAGCAGCAGGAGCGGAAGCAGCAAGGCGCCCCGGCGCAACAACAGACAGCUCAGCAGGGAGACCAGCGGCAAAAGCGACAGUAUCAUCCUCACGGCUCUGCAGCGCAGAACGCACUCCCUUCAGCUGAUACGACGCUGAAUCUUCGCGUCUUCUUCGACCCACCUUCGCGAAACAGCCCCGUGCCGUUCUUGAGUGGCCCGCAACAGCAGCAGCAUCGGCAGCAGAUACCAUAUCUGAACUUGGAGGUCCCGCGGACUCGUUCGCAAAAUCCAUGGCCAGUGAAGCCAUCAAUCGGUGAAUCUGGAGCUCGCAACUUGACAACUCGAAGAACCAUCACCAUCGGUUCAGGUUCAGGUGCAGGUGCAGGUUUAGGUUCAGGUUCAGGUUUAGGCUCGUCUAAAUCUGUGAGGAAGCAGCGCUCGAGAUCCGAGGUCGCAAGGGAGUAUCGAUCACCGUCGGAGCAGAGAAGGGCAGAGGUCGCGAAGGAGUAUACAUCGUCGCCGGAGUAA